AGACCCCCCCGGCUCUCCCCGCAGCCCCCCGCCCGCUCCCGGCCCUGCCUUCAGCUCCUCCACGCGGCGGGACAGCCGCCCGAUGCGGGUGCCCAGGUCCUCCUUGUCCAGGCGGCCCGAGUGCGCCAGCACGGCCGCCACCAGCGAGCCCGCCGGCGCCGCCAUGUUCCCGCUCCCGCGCAGCACCACGGGACGGCGCCGGCGCUAUGGCGGCCGGUGAGUGACAGACUUGAUGGGGCUCCUGCAGGGGAACACGGCGGGAUACAGGGAUGCUGCGGGACACAGGGAUGCUGCGGGGUGCCGUGUCUGCUGGAGCAGCCACCACUCAAUCCCAGCCGUCCUCCCCUGCCCCUCCAUGGGUGUCACGGCUGGGGUGAGGAGGCAGGUCGGGGCACCCCAAACAUCCCUCCGCUGCAGUGGGAGGGAGGCUCCAGCCCCCGGCAUCCGGUGCCUGACCGAGGUCUCGGGGCGGGUGGUGCCUCUCCACGUUCUCUCCUCCGAGCAGGGGAAAGAGCUGCCACCGCUUUGUGCCAUGCGGAGGGGAACGGCGCUGGGUGCCUGGGUGCUCCUGGCCAGCCUGGCCGUGGCCAGCCGGGGUGUCCGAGGACAGAAAGUAAACGUGAAAGAAGCCAGUGGGAAGGUGUUCCUGCAGUGUGGAGCGGACAGCAACAGUGAAGUCAUAUGGUACAAAGAUGGGAACUGGAUAGAAAACACAACACAGCUGGACUUGGGUGCAAUUUACGAUGAUCCCAGAGGCAUUUACACAUGUGAAACAGACAAAGGAAAGACAAGCCCUCCCCUCCAGGUGCACUAUCGAAUGUGCCAGAACUGCAUCGAAGUGGACGCUCCCACCAUCUCCGGGAUCGUGGUCGCAGAUGUCGUCGCCACCAUCUUCCUGGCGGUCGCUGUGUAUUGUAUCACUGGCCAGGACAAGGGACGCAUGUCACGAGCUUCUGACAGGCAGAACCUGAUUGCCAACGAGCAGCUCUACCAGCCCCUUGGCGAGCGGGACAACGAGCAGUACAGCCGGCUGGUGCCUGCCAAGGGCCACAAGUGAAGUGGGAAGAUGCUGGGGCCUGUGUGUCCUUCACACCAGGAGUGAUACUGCAGCAAAGCCAUCACCAGUGCCCAAGAGCACCGGUACCCUGCCCUGGCACUGCCUUUGUAAGCUUCCUGCUGGCAGAAGACAAUGUGAGUUUUCCCCUAGAGAGCCCUGCAGCUCCUUGCCGGGAUGUGCUGCUUGCAGCACUCUGCUCUUCCUGUGACCUCUUGCAUUUCUGUAUUCCUCCCAUUAAAGAUAAGUCUAUCCCAUUGUC